GUGCGUGGCGCGCUGGCCUGGCAGCUCUGGAGCUGUGAAGAGUGCGGGCUUGUGGCAGUGAGAGACUUCGGCAGACAUGGCUCCCAGCGUGCCAGCAGGCGAACCCGAGCACCCGAAAGGCAUCCGGGCCGUGCUGCUGGGGCCGCCCGGGGCUGGCAAAGGUACCCAGGCACCCAGAUUGGCUGAAAAUUUCUGUGUCUGCCAUUUAGCCACUGGGGACAUGCUGAGGGCCAUGGUAGCUUCUGGCUCAGAGCUGGGAAAAAAGCUAAAGGCAACUAUGGAUGCUGGGAAACUGGUGAGUGACGAAAUGGUCGUGGAGCUUAUUGAGAAGAACCUAGAGACCCCUUCGUGCAAGAAUGGUUUUCUUCUGGAUGGCUUCCCUCGCACUGUGAGGCAGGCAGAAAUGCUUGACAACCUCAUGGAGAAGCGGAAAGAGAAGCUUGAUUCUGUGAUUGAAUUCAGUAUCCCAGAUUCCCUGCUGAUCCGGAGAAUCACAGGAAGGCUGAUUCACCCCACAAGUGGACGUUCCUACCACGAGGAGUUCAAUCCCCCUAAGGAACCCAUGAAAGAUGACAUCACUGGAGAACCCUUGAUCCGUCGAUCAGAUGAUAACGAAAAAGCCUUGAAAAUCCGCCUGGAGGCCUACCACACCCAGACCACCCCGCUUGUGGAGUACUACAGGAAACGGGGAAUCCACGCUGCCGUCGAUGCGUCCCAGACCCCGGAUGUCGUGUUUGCGUGCAUCCUCGCAGCCUUCUCCAAAGCCACAUCAUAGUAACAGAAGGCCAGGCGAGACCGCACCACUGCUCAUCACCCCGCCACGUGAUCCCUGCUCUUAGGUGCUGGGCAGAGGGGAAGGGUGGUCGGGGAAGGAUGGAGAGGGCGGGCUGGUGAGGAGCUCGAGGAUUUGGAAGAGCAGCAGUGUUCUCGUAGUGAGGCAGCUUCUUUUACACACAGGUGGGCGUUUCAAAGGGGGAAGAUUAAUUAAAAAACACUGUGAUCAGAGAGAGGGAUUGGGUACAAAUAGAGAGGCAGUCGUAUUUUAAAGGAAUCGGGUUUUCAUUUACUUGAACUGGUGGUGAUAUUUUUUAAAACCCAUGCCCUGAGACCUCAGCUUUUAUCUCAGAACCUCAUGCGUUGCCAGGCCACGAAUACAGGAAACUGAACUGAGAUCUGUGUGUCCUGGAGCGUGGGACAGGAAGCAUUUGGGUACUGACCUUGGUUCCCCACACCAUCAGAUCAGAAAGUCAUCUCCAUGUCUGAGAGACCUGGGGGGGUCGUGCACACAGGUGGUAGCUCAGCAAAUCAAGUUUACUGGAGUCACGGGGAGGCUGGACUCGGUCCCUCCCUCUGACCUCCCGCUGAUCUUGCCAGUCCACCUGCCCUCCUGGCUGAGUUCUCAGCAGCCACCCGACACACGCCUCAAUGCUACACUCUUGCCUUAUUCAUCCGUGGUGUGUGAGGGUCCUUCUUGAAUCAACGAGCAAGUGUCCUACGCUGUAUCAUCCAAAGACUGUCCUUUCCACCCUCAGAUCCUGUGAAUGGGACCCCUCAACAGCACUAUGAUGAAUUGUCUUCAAUGAGGUGCCUUUCUUAACUGACCAAAUGCUGCCUUGUUUGACCCUUAAGUCAAUAAAGUAUAUAAAAAAUUUGUA